AAGCGAGUUCUGGCUCAAGGUCUCGACAGUUCCAGGCCACGCUGCGCGGCCUCGCCACCUCCUCUUCCGUCGGCUGGCCGGCCAGGAGCGCGUCGCAGCCAUGGGCAUGGCAUUCACCAAGCUCUUCGCCAAGCUCAUCGGCAAGCAAGAGAUGCGCAUCUUGAUGGUCGGCCUCGACGCCGCCGGCAAGACCACCAUCCUGUACAAGCUGAAGCUCGGCGAGGUCGUCACGACGAUCCCGACGAUCGGCUUCAACGUGGAGACGGUCGAGUACAAGAACAUCAGCUUCACCGUCUGGGACGUUGGCGGCCAGGACCCGAGGAUCCGCCCACUGUGGCGCCACUACUACCAGGGCACUCAGGGCCUCAUCUUCGUGGUGGACAGCAACGACCGUGACCGCGCGGAGGAUGCGCGCGAGGAGCUCAUGAAGAUGUUGAACGAGGACGAGAUGCGCGACGCCGUGCUGCUUGUCUUCGCGAACAAGCAGGAUCUCCCGAACGCGAUGCCGGCGGCAGAGGUCACCGAGAAGCUCGGCCUGCACAACAUGCGCAACCGCCAGUGGUUCAUCCAGUCGGCCUGCGCCACGACCGGCGACGGCCUCUACGAGGGGCUGGAUUGGAUGUCGCGGACGCUCUCCUCGAAGAAGUGAGGGAGGCUGGAGCCCGUGCGAGAGAGGAUGGCAGGAAGAGUAGGAGGAGCAGGAGGGGAAGGGGAUAAAAGAGGGAGGCGGGAGACGAUACCUCUCUCGGGGGGGCACUGCCGCCCCAGAUUUUGCCCCGUCUUCCCGGCGCCGCCGCCGGCCCUUGCAGCUCUGCCCCUGCGAGGCGGGGACGGGCCGACGGCCGCGCCUGCCGGGUCUCAGGCCCGAGUGCCAGCGCUCGCUCGCGCAUCCCCCCAGCUCCUCCUGGAGGA